GCCAUUCAGUGCUUUACACAGUAUGGCCGGCGAUAUUAGCUAGCACUCGCUCACGGUAUUCUCUGCAAAAGGGAAGACGGUAACUCAAGAAAAUCAACAUCUGGAUUGCUUAAAGGACUGUACCUCAAUAAAUUAUAAUUGAUCGAGGAAGGAUUUAUUAAGCUGUAAACGUUACAACCGACGGUUUAUAUUUUCUGUUGGGUGUCUGUUGUCUCAUGAUGGAAGAUAACGGUGCACAUUUCUUCGAGGGGACUGAGAAGCUGUUGGAGGUGUGGUUCUCGCGGCAAGAUGAGACCAAAGGAACCGGGGACCUCCGUACCAUCCCAAGGUUUGAGUGGGACAAACUUCUGGAGAAUGUGCAUUGUUUGAUCAUAAGUGUGACAAAGUCUGACAAGCAGGAAGCUUAUAUACUCAGUGAGAGUAGCAUGUUUGUCUCCAAGAGACGUUUCAUUUUGAAGACGUGCGGAACCACCCUCUUACUGCAAGCACUGGUGCCUCUGCUGGAACUUGCCAGGGAGUACUGCGGUUUUGAUGCCAUCGAGAACUUCUUCUACUCCCGAAAGAACUUCAUGAAGCCAACCCAUCAAGAGUUCCCUCAUCGAAACUUCCAGGAAGAAGUGGACUUUCUCAGCCAGAUUUUCCCAAAUGGCGCAGCCUACUGUAUGGGACGUUUGAACUCUGACUGCUGGUACCUGUUCACCCUGGACUUGCCAGAGUACUGGGAGAACAAGCAUGCGGAUCAGACGCUGGAAGUUCUGAUGAGUGACCUCGAUCCAGCCAUUAUGGACCAGUUCUACAUGAAAGACGGUGUUUCCGCAAGUGAUGUCACUCGUAUGAGUGGAAUUCGUGACCUGAUACCAGGUUCUGUGAUCGAUGCCACAAUGUUCAACCCUUGUGGAUACUCAAUGAAUGGAAUGAAGGCUGACGGAACUUACUGGACCAUCCACAUCACCCCGGAGCCUGAGUUCUCCUAUGUCAGCUUCGAAACCAACCUCUCCCAGACAUCGUAUGAUGAUCUGGUCAGGAAGGUGGUGGAGGUGUUCAAGCCAGGAAAAUUUGUGACUACGCUUUUUGUCAAUCAGAGCUCCAAAUGUCGCAGUGUCUUUUCUUCUGCUCAGAAACUCGAGGGCUACAAGCGUCUCGACCGCCAGUUGGCUCAAUUCAACGAUUACAAUUUUGUCUUCACAAGCUACGCCCAGAACCGCCAGCAGAACCAGCAGAGCUGAGGGUUGAGGAUGAAGAAGAGGCGUAAAAAGAAAGGCGGCCGUUCGGGGCUCACCCCUUGCGGCCGACUUCACCCCCGAGUAGAGAGCUUGUUGUCCUCCUCCCCACUCCUCAACCCCGUCCUCUCCUUCCACUGCUGCUGUCGUUGUCCAGAACCUCCUGGUGGCGAUGCAGUUCCGAGCCCUAGUUUAACCUCAAGUUUGAGUUGUUUGCAUUGUUGUACCUGUGACUUAGAUCUCUUGCAUGAAAGCUCUUUUCUCUGUUUCGAUAUUCUAGCUCACUCUUGCUGUGAUCUUGAAGUGCAUGUAGAGGAAUUAAACACGCUCUGUUUGAGGCUGUCCAUCUGUGCCCAGUAUGACGGUCCCUUCCUGCAGGUGUCCCCCCUCAUCCCCCACAGACAAGGUUUCCGCCCGCACUAGGCCAGGGCCCUGACAUGCUCAGAUCAGUCUGCCUCUUUGACCUCAGCCUUUCUGUUUAUUUAUUAUUAUUAUUUUUCUUACAUUUUCAAAUUCGCAGCCAUUCUACAUUCAGUUUGCCCUCAAAUGUGGCAAUUUGAAUUCAUAAUCACCAAUUUUUGAGUGCACUUUAAAACCUGUUGACUCAUGGUACUAAAAGAAGGCCGACCUUCUGUCUCGAGUCUGAUUGAAUGUAUACGUCUUAAGCUUUUGGCCUUCACAUUGUCAGGACAUAUUUGAGUUAUUUCAAAGCAAAUGCCAUAUUGCUGUUUAAUGUUGCAUUAUUAGAUAAAAGGUGCAGCUCAUUGGUCCAUCUGCUCCUGGUUGCUGUAAACUGCACUAAAGACUUUCUGCUUUGCUGGGCUUUGAAGCACUCUCCCACCACCUGCAUGCAUUCAUCCAUUUGUGUUCCUCCACCUCGGCAAUCAAAUAGUCCUUGUGUUCCCCUGAAUAGAAAGGCUUUUAAAGUUGUAUGCCUGGUAAUGUAAGAAUAUGAAUCAUUUAAGACAUUCAACAUCUGCACUUUGUUGCAUCCAGGAUUCUUUCUGUAUAGCGUGCUGUAUCUAUAGGAAGCUUCUAUCCUAUAGGGUCCCCCCACAGUCAUAUUCAGCACUCUAAUUUUCCACAUUCACACCAAUUGGUUAAAUGGAAAAUGUUGAAUGUGAAUGUAGCACAGUCCCCCCCCCCACCCCCCUGUUCGUCUUUCGAAUGUACACGUCUCUAGAGAAAAGCCUGGACCAGGUUUGAGCUGAAUGUAUGACUCCAGGAGAGCACACCCCCACCCUCCUCUUCUCAUGCGCACACACACACAUGCAUGCAUGCAAAGAGUGUACAAUGACCUCUGUUGACCAGCCAUUGUCUGGCUCGCAGCAGGUCUCCCCCUGCCAGAGUCAGACUGUCAGCUGGCCCCAGAACCGUGACAUGACGAGAGGCGGCCCUCCAGGCUGCACACACUCUGAAUGGGAAAUAAUGAAUCAGACACUUUUUGCUUAGUUGCCCAGCAAAGCAUUUUUCUUCUUCCCACAUAAUAUCAUCCUCUCUCUGUCUCUUUCCGCCCCAUACAGAAAUCUGUAUGCACACAAUAGAGGCCCACCAGUCUGAGCAUGCCAGGGUGAUCCCAGAUCAUUCCACAUGUAACCGCUGCAUAAACUGCAUUUUAUUAAAUUUAUUGUGCCCAGACAUUUUUUGCAGUGAAUUGGUCGAAAAUGUGACUCCCCUAGCAGUUUUCUUUUUGUUUGGAUCAAUGCCCUUUGUUCAUUGAGGGGGAAUAUCCUGUGACACUAUGGUGCGUGUGACUCCUAGUGCCGUGUUGCUUGACAGUGUAGUGUAGCGCCGUCUCUUCCUCCUUUUUCAGUGGGUCUUUGCUUCACCUUCCUCUUCUUUAACCAGCUGAAAGCGUAGUUGCAGCUGCCGCAUCCUGAUGUGUUUUUGAAUAGGUGGGGACGCUUUUUACCUUAAGGGGUGGGGUCAACUUGUGGUUAAUGUAAUUUCAAGUUGUGGACAGGUGCUGAAAUCAGGUUGGGUUUCUUAUUUAUUACUUCUUGAAACACUUCAAACGUCCAAGCUUUGUCCUCUCCGCCUGUUCCACUUCAGGGGUGUUCACAAUGCUUCUCCUGCCAGAGAAUGCGGUUUGAAUCUUGACUCAGAGGACACGGCUGGGGUCUUAACCUGUUCUCAGCCCUGUGAUGCAGUACAAUCUGUUCUUUGAGAUAUCUGCAAUGAUCGCAUCAGCACCUAUAACAGUGCAUUCAUCACCUAAUGAGCAGGUUGGAGCAGGUCAUGUAAGAGAAGUGAACUUGAUGCUGGGAAUUGUUUCCCUCUAGUUGCCUAUCAUGGCAUUUUGGAGUGGUUUCAUUGUUUUCCUGAGGACCAAUGACUGCUCUUGCAUGAGCUCCUCUGAAACCUGCGGUCACUUGGUAUAGGUGAUCUGCCCUGACUGUUACAGGUCCUUCAUGAAGUCACACAUUGAGGCAUUUAAAGUGUAAGGCUACCUGUUCUUGGAUGAAGUACAUUUUAGCCUUGUUGAUGUGGAUCAUUGCUAUUUUGUUUUAUUUUUUUAUACAGUGAACUCAAAAUGCAUUUUUGCAGUUGAAAGGUUGAAGAAUUUUAUACAAAAUAUUUUGUAUUUUUGCUGCGGACCAAUAUUCUCUUUUCUUCCCCUUAAUGUCCAAAUGUUUAUUUUGUUGUAAAAAGGGAUGACCUUUUGGCUAAAUCAUGUUUAAUCUUUUUUUCUCUUCCCCUUUCUCUGUGAAUCAUCUGAAAGAGUGCAGAGGAAGGGAAAGGGAAAGCCUCCCCGGUGAGAGGGUGCAGUUGCAGGAUGUGUCAGGAUGUACUGAUGGAGAAACUUUGCUGUUCUAAUUCUUUCUUUGCUGUUCUUUGGAUGGUCAAGAUGUGCUAAAUAUAUCUGUGCUACGAGCUUGAUGCUUCAAUAAAAAGAUACUUAUCUGUGCAA